AUGGAGCCCGUUACCAAGUGGAGCCCAAAGCAAGUCGUGGACUGGACCAAAGGCUUGGAUGAUUGCCUGCAGCAGUAUGUCCCCAAAUUUGAACGGGAGAAGAUAAAUGGUGAACAGCUGUUACAGAUUUCCCAUCAAGAUCUUGAAGAGUUGGGUAUCUCACGAAUUGGACACCAGGAACUGGUUCUGGAGGCAGUGGAUCUUCUUUGUGCACUGAAUUAUGGCCUUGAAACAGACAAUAUGAAGAACUUGGUUCUCAAAUUGCGAGCUUCUUCCAACAACCUGCAGAAUUAUAUCAGCAGCCGGAGGAAAAAUUCAAAUUAUGAUGGAAAAACAUCACACAAACCCCCCAAUGAAUUCCUCACCUCAGUGGUGGAGCUUAUUGGUGCUGCUAAGGCCUUGCUAGCAUGGUUGGACAGGGCCCCAUUUACAGGGAUUGCUGACUUCUCAGCGACAAAGAACAGAAUCAUUCAGCUCUGCUUGGAUCUCACCACCACAGUUCAGAAGGAUUGCACUGUGGCUGAAAUGGAAGAUAAAGUUCUACAUGUAUCCAAGAUUUUAAAUGGAAUUUGUGAUAAGAUGAUCAGAUCAACUACAGAUCCAUUGAUGAGCCAGAGUGCAUGUCUGGAGGAGGUUAAUUUAACCAACAUUAAACCUGGGGAAGGCCUGGGAAUGUAUAUCAAAUCAACUUAUGAUGGAUUACAUGUAAUUACUGGAACUACAGAAAAUUCCCCUGCUGAUAGAUCUCAAAAGAUUCAUGCUGGUGAUGAGGUGAUCCAGGUUAAUCGUCAGACUGUAGUGGGAUGGCAACUAAAAAACCUUGUGGGAAAGUUGCGAGAGAAUCCUUCUGGAGUUAAACUGCUACUUAAGAAACGUCCUACAGGCUCUUUUAAUUUUACCCCAGCCCCACUGAAGAACCUACGCUGGAAACCACCACUUGUACAGACCAGUCCUCCUCCAACUACAACUCAGUCACCAGAAAGCACCAUUGAUACAUCAAUGAAGAAAGAGAAGCCAGCCAUCCUGGACCUCUAUAUACCUCCACCACCAGCUGUUCCGUAUUCUCCUCGGGAUGAGAAGGAGAGUCUCGUUUAUGGAGGAGGUAAUAAACCUAAGCAGCCAUUACCUGGCUCCAAGGGUGCAGAGUCUCCUAAUUCUUUCCUCGAUCAGGAAAGCCGAAGGCGAAGGUUUACUAUUGCUGAUUCUGAUCAGUUGCCUGGGUAUUCCGUGGAAGCAAAUAUACUGCCAACAAAGAUGAGGGAAAAAACACAGUCUUAUGGAAAACCUCGCCCUCUGUCGAUGCCUGCAGAUGGGAGCUGGCUGGGAGCUGCAGAUCCUUUCUUGAGGCCCCGAGCACCAGGGAGAAAAGGUGAAGAUGUCCUCUGCAGGUAUUUCAGUAAUGAGAGGAUACCCCCAAUCAUUGAAGAAAGUUCCUCCUCACAGCAGCAUUUUGCAAGGCCAGUGGCUGAUAGGCAGUUAGUGAGGGGCGCAGACUACAUCAGAGGAAGCAGGUGCUUUGUGAACACAGAUCUUCAUAACAGUGCAACUAUACCUUUCCAGGAGGAAGGAGCUAAAAAACUCUCUGUUACAUCACCCACAAAAUCUUCCUCCACAGAGCCCUCACUACUGGUCAGUUGGAUCACAAGACUUAAACUGUUGACUCACUGA